AAAGGGAAGAGUACUUGUCAUUAUAAAAUGCAACAUUAAUUUCUCCAAGGUCAAACCUCCAAAACUAAACAUCUAGCUCUAACACGAAAAUGGAAAACCAAAAGUGCAACAAAGAACACCCUCAAGUGGUAGUGGUGAUGGUACCACUACCAGCACAAGGCCAUCUAAACCAACUCCUUCACCUCUCUCAUCUCAUCACCACCUACGGAAUCCCGGUCCAUUUUGCCGGUUCCUCCACCCACAACCGCCAAGCGAAGCUCCGAUUACAAGGUUGGGACACCGAAACUCUAACAAAAAUACAUUUUCAUGACUUUGAACUCCCUCCUUAUGACUCAACUUCUCCAAAAAUUGACCUUUCCUGCCCUUUCCCCCAACACCUCCUACCACUUUUCGAGGCUUCAACUCAUCUCCGUGAUCCCGUAUCUCAACUCUUACAACAACUCUCGGGAAAGUUCGAUAGAGUCGUGGUAAUUCACGACGUUAUAAUGGCUUAUGUAGUACAAGAUGUUAAGCUCCUCCCAAAUGCUGAAGCCUACACUUUUAACCCCAUCUCCGCAUUUACGACGUUCCUCCAAACAUGGGAAACGAUACCCGAAAAUUACAAACUACAUUUUCAGCUACAACAUUCCACUACCGAUAUUAUUCCAAAGGACAUCCUUACUGAUGCUUAUAGGUGCAUGUCAAAAGAGAUGUUGGAGUUUGCAAUGAAUCAGUUUAAACUCCUGGGGUUCAAGUCUGGGUGGCUAUACAACACCUCGAGAGUUAUUGAAGGACGAUAUCUUCAACUGUUAGAGACAAUACAUUCGACGAAGGAGGAAACAAAACACUUUGCCUUGGGACCUUUUAGUCCGGUGGUUAUUGAAAGCGCCGAAAAUAGACAUCAUUCGUUCAAAUGGUUGGAUGAACAAGAGAAGGAUUCAGUGAUUUAUGUGUCUUUUGGGUCGACGGUAUCAUUGAGAGGUGAUCAGAUUGAAGAGCUUGCAAAAGGGUUGGAGGAAUCCGGUGAGAAGUUUAUAUGGGUGUUAAGAGGAGCUGAUCCAAAUGAUGUUUUUGCUCAAGGUGAUCAAGUCACAAGGCCUCAUCUUCAACAAGGGUACGAAGAAAGAGUGAAAGAUAGGGGAAUUGUGUUGAGAGAUUGGGCACCUCAGUUAGAAAUCUUGGCUCAUCCAUCAGUUGGUGGGUUCAUGAGUCAUUGUGGGUGGAAUUCAUGUAUGGAAAGUAUAAGUAUGGGAGUGCCGAUAGCGGCGUGGCCGAUGCAUUCUGAUCAGCCAAGGAAUGCGAUAUUGAUAAGUGAGGUGCUGAGAAUUGGUAUGGUGGUCAAAGAUUGGGCUCGCCGCAGUGAGCUUGUGACGUCGAGUACGAUAGCAAAUGUGGUGAAAGCGUUAAUGGCGUCGGAGGAAGGGAAGGAGAUGAAGGAAAGGGCUGCAAAAUUAGGUGAAGGUGUUAGAGAAUCGGUUGCUCAAGGUGGUGUUGCUAGUUUAGAAAGAGAUGAUUUCAUUGCGUAUAUCACCCGAUGAUACCAACUUUUUAUAUAUAAGUACUCUCGCUACUAAGAUCUUGAUUAAAUCACCUUAUUUCAGUACCUUAUUAUUAGCUAGAUUGAAUCUGAAAAGCUUUUUUAUCUUUACAAAUCGAAAAGUUAUUUAGAGCACCUAACAAUUAUUUAAAAAUAUUUCUUUUUGUUGUAUUUAUUUUUUUGGUAAAU